AUGUCAUCUUUGCUCUGUCCGCCGCAUCUUUGUUUAAACGAGGCUACGGAAAGGUACAUCCCCUACGAGGCCACCCGGAAGACCAGAGGAACCGCGAGGACUGAUGGUUGCCGGCACUCAACCUUUCGACUCACCCGUAACAAUGAGGCCAUUGUCAUCUUGCCCCAUGCGCUGCUGAAAGAGCUGGCCGGUCUGCCGUUCACAGUGGCAAGCCCACAACGGGCAUUAGAACGAGACCUGCUCGGUCAUUACACGGGGAUGAGCCUACUCGUUGAGAGCUAA